GGGAGCGGCCGGGUCGGGGCGGCCGCAGAGCCCGCGGGACGCUGCCGGCAGCGGGCAUGGCGUUCGGGAAGGCUCCGAGGGACGCGUUCGGCACGGCCGUGGGCAGCCUGGUCGAGCGGGCGACGCUCGGCUCGCUGCAGACGGAGGAGUGGGGACAGUUCCUGCACAUCUGCGACCUGAUCAACGCCACGGAGGAGGGACCUAAAGAUGCAGUUAAAGCACUGAAGAAGAAGCUUUCAAAAAACUGUAACCACAAGGAGAUCAGGCUUACCUUGUCUCUGCUAGAGAUGUGUAUGGAGAACUGUGGCCCAAGGUUCCAGUCUUUAGUUGUGAAGAAGGAUUUCUGCAAAGACAAGCUGGUGAAACUGCUGAACCCAAGAUACAACCUGCCCAUUGAUAUGCAGGAGAAAAUCCUGACCUUUAUUAUGGUCUGGGCACGAGGUUUUCAAGGGAUGGUGGAUGUGAGCGAAGUAAAAGAAGUUUACCUAGAAUUGCUGAAGAAAGGAGUGGAGUUUCCAUCCUCUGACACCAGCAGUGUUGGAUCUAAGAUUUCACCCCGGCCUUGUGCAAAGUCAUCCCCAUCCCCUGCCAGUCCUGCCAAACGUUCCUUGCUGCCUCUUCCCACGGGCCCAACGCUGUUGUUGACUCCGGAGCAGAUUGGGAAACUGUACAGUGAACUGGAUAUGGCAAAAAUUAAUGUGAGAGUGAUGUCAUCAAUAUUGAAAGAAAACGUUCCUGGCUCUGAAAAUCCGGAUGAUAUGAAUCUUUUACAGAAAUUGUACAAGACCUGUCGGAUGAUGCAGGAGAGGAUCAUGGAAUUGUUGGUGACAGUGGAGAAUGAAGAUGUGAUUGUUGAACUAAUACAAGUAAAUGAAGAUCUGAAUAAUGUCCUCCUGGGACAUGAAAGGUUCUCACGGAACAGAGUUCGUUUCCUGGAGAACCAGAGGAUCCAGCGGGAGCGGGAGGAGGUGAAAGAUGGCCUAUCUGCACACCCUGAAGAUAAAACCAGGUCUCAUCCAUCAAUUUACCCACAGCUGGAUUCAGCAACUCCUACAAAAGCCCAUCAGUCCCUAUUUGCAGCUGAAGCACAAAGCAAUAGUUUAAGCAGCCCAGCUGAACACACAUAUAGCAAUGUGAACACGUAUAGCAAUUUGACAACUCUUUUAAGCCCAGUGCCUCUGAACCCAAUAAAUCUGCAGGCUGGACAGACUGUGCCAUCAAAUGGACCAUCACCAGCAGUUACAUCGAAGAACAAGUCCCAGUCACCUCAUUACUAUGAGAUAAUGGAAUUUGAUCCCUUGGCUCCCACUGAAGCUAUUUAUGAAGAAAUUGAUGUUGUGCUGAAGACAGAAGUUAAAAAGAACACAGACUGAACGUGGGGGUGGAAUCCUUUCCUGAACACUCUCCAGUGCUGGUCCUGUGCAGUGCUUCCUGUAACUACAAGUGAAUAACAGAAGAGGUUUUGCAUUUUGACACAAUAAUUAGUGUUGGAGUACUAAGCUGUGUGCAAGUUGAGGAGUUACUUGGCUCCACAUCUUGACAAUUUGUCCUAAAUGUUCAGCUGUGUGUUCUUCAAGGUCACUUGCAUUGCUAUUUUAAAUUAUUUUGGGUGCCUGUAAAAUGUGACUUCCAAAUUCACCUGUGUCUGAAGUGACACUUGACACCUGGUACAAGUCUAAAAAGACACAUUACAUUCACAGAAACUGCAGAAUCCAGUUUCUUUUGGCCUCAGUGCAAUGUUAAUCUCCCUAGAAAUCUGUAAGGGGGUUUUGAGAUAUAUUUCUUUUUCCUAAAUUUGGCCUCUUAAUAGAUGUCUGAAGAUGUGCAGUGUUACUUUCCUACAUCCUUAAUACAGAUUUUUCCUUUAUUACUUUCUUCCUAAAAACCCACAGUAUAGUUGGGUUUUGUCUUGGAAAGAACCUAAGCUGGGACACAAAGUGGUGUCAUCAAUUUAACGGGGAAAAAAACUGCUUGUUCCUAUGUUGUUGUUGUUUUUAUUUACUCAGUAAAUAUUGGAGGGUGAUCAAUUGUUUCUUUCAGUAUUCCUGCCCUGCAGAUUGUUCUGGUGAAGGAAAAAUUAAUCAUCUACAAUGCAGAUGAGCAAUAGCUACCCAUUUACUUUAAUUAAGUAGUUCAAUCCUGUUAAUAACUGUUUUAUCUUUUAAUAAGUGCCUUAUCUAUUUUAAUGCUGAAUGUAAACUGUGCACUUUAACAGGUAUAGUUCUCUUGAAUUUAUAGCUGAUACAAAAUUUGAGAACUUAGUUCAUGGUCAUACCAGAUAAGCUAAUUUUUUGCAUUUUAAGCAUUCCUUAUAUUAACUGUUUAAGGAUAAGAAGUUCUCAGCUGCUUUUGCAACUUUUGUAGCAUAAAAUUCCAAAUAAAAGCAAAUGCUUACUGAGAAGUAAACCCUCA